AACAGAAAGACAAAUGCUCAAAGGGGAGAGAGUAGAGGACCACUUUGCGACCCACAAGGGUUGUUGUUUUUCCUCAUGCACUAUUUGUUUGCACUCCCGUGCGCAGAAGGACUGCUGAAUGAUCCAGCGCAGCCCAGCAGAGAGCUCUCUGGACUGGUCCGGCUUCGCUUUGUGGUUGAGAUCCGCUAGGAGAGAGGACGCGAGAGGGGAUCGCUGAGCUGGAGGCAGUUUGUUGCGUGAACUCAGAGUCACUGCGAUGGAAUGAGCCGCUGCAGAAACUCUCCUAAACUUGUGGAGAACUUUUCUUUUUACUUUCUUUUUUACUCCCGCGAGUUUCUAUUUUAGUUUUCGCCCCAAUCAUGUAUGGAUAACGGGAGGUUCGCUCAAGAAUCCGGCUCAAAUGGAUCAGCGCUGACGGGUUUGUGGAGCCGGGAUUACACAGCGCAGUGCCAGCCUGUUGAACGCCCACACACGGGCCUAUCACACACCAUCUGCCUCGGAAUAAAUAACGCUCUCCAGUGAAGACACCAUCCAUGGGAGUAGAGUAGAAGUUUUACAUAUGACACUGUUGUGAGUUUCACCGUUCCUGGCAGCCAGAACAAUGGCAAGCUCUGGCGCAUUGGCACAGAGCGUCUGUAGAUCUGUUUGGCCUCUUGGUUGUGUGCUUUUGUUUUUUGGCUACUUAUCACUGGCCUCACCGUCCCACGGUCGGCGGCUGAUAUGCUGGCAAGCCAUCAUGAACUGCCAAGCCGAGCCCGAGUGCAAUUACGCAUACGAACACUACACGCGCGCAUGUGGCCCCGUGCUGAACGGGGAGAGGAGGAAGUGUCCCAGCCACUGUAUCUCCUCGCUCGUCCAGCUCAACCUGACCAAAAGCGGGCCGGCUCUGGAGGACUGCAGCUGCGCCCACGAUCCGGUGUGCACGAGCACCAAACGGGCCAUCGAGCCCUGCCUGCCCAGGACUACCAGCACGGGCUGCACGGAGGCGCGGCGCCAGUGCGAGAGAGACGGGCAGUGCAGCUCCGCUAUGCACGAUUAUCUGAAGCACUGCGGGAAACUUUUCAGCGGGGCGAUCUGCACGAACGCCUGCCGGAAUGUGAUCGCGAAUAUGCGUAAAAUACCCAAGGGUCAGCAGCUGGACACAUGUAUGUGUGACGGGACGGAGAGGGCCAUCUGUGAGUUUGUCAAGAGCAGCAUGAAGGCGCUGUGCUUCGACUCUCCCGUGAGGGAAGAAGGCAGCGGGUCCGACUACGGCCAAGAUCCAGACGACGAAGACGACCCCCCGGAGCCGGACUAUCUAGAGGAGCCGGAGAGCGGAGCCUCUCUUCCAGCGGCCCACUGUGUUUUGACCCUGCUGGCAUCCAUUUUGGCUCUAUUGCCCCUCAUUUAAUCCCCGGGUUCAUAAUCUGCCCCGACUUUUGUCCGGAUAAAAGGCAAUCUAAACUUUUGUCACUCCUUGACCUGCUACUAUUGUGAAAGGUUAGAGCCUCACAGACUAAAGGAAAGAGUGCUUUGGCGCAGCCUUGUUUGAAUUAAGAGCUAUAGAAGCUGAAGGAUAUCAAAUCAGGAUAUUUUCUAUGCAAAUGAGACCAGAAAGAUAUUUUUGAAAAACUGCCUGAGCUCCAGGCUGCUCUCUUAUCAAAUCACACCACUCCACGGCUCUACAGAUGCUUUGCUUAUGUGAUAAGCUAAAUUAGAUUGUCUGCUUUCUCUCAGUCACAGACUCUGAUGGUAAAGUUGUCAUGACAGAGACACAGUUGGUUUGUUAUGGUAACAACUCAGCGUUUAAUCAGUACAUGCUGUGCACUGCCAGUCUUCUUUUUUUUGUUAAAGAUAUGAACUAUUUUUAUAUGACACUGCUGCCUUUUGGCACCAGGCUCUCUGAUUUACACGUAUUUAAUGCUGGAAUCUAUGAAAUGUAUGAAAAUGUAAAUAGAUUAGGACUUAAAGUGAAACAGUAAUUUAUUACAUGCCACCUAGUUACAUCCAAAUGUUCAUCAUGUGAAUAAAAGACUGAGUAUUCCAGCUUUAAAGGGAAGUUAUUUUGACUGUAUUCUCUUCAAAGAUAAUGUGCAUUGUAUAUAUGUGUAUAGCCUAUAUAGAUUUUUUUUUUCCAGAGAAUCCUCUAUGUUUUAGGCUACAAGAUGAUUUAUUCACUGUGUAUAGCCUAGAGAAAGAAAUGUCUAAAUCCACUGUAUGAUUGCCUUAAUGAUAUACUUUUAUAGAAGGCAUAAAGGAAACUUGAAGAUAUCAUUUGUGACUGUGAGUUAUUUGUUGGGUUUUAAACCUCUUGGCAGCGUUGUGCCUUAAUUCAGUCAGAAAGUAAAAGUUUUGAAAAGUCUGAAAACCUUCUUUAACACAUUAUUAUUGCUCCGUCAAUGAGUGUAAACAAAGCUAUUUUGUUAUAAUAUGCAUAGUGGAAAAUAAAUGUAAAAAUCAGUUAUAUUGACAGAAUCACAUUAGUUUACAUUCUUAUUUAAAGUUUCUCACAUUGCAUAUGUUUCCUUUAAGUUAUAUCAGUUUGGAGUAACUUGCUUUAUGCAUACGCUUCAGUUAGGUGACCAAAUAAAUGGCCUAUAGACAU